AUUUACAUCUGUUCAUAAUCACACAAACAAAAACUCCUCGUGCUCAGGUCGGACUGCUGAACGGGGGUGUGCUGAUGCUGUGGAGCGCGUGCCGCGCGCGGGAGAUUGACCGUUACUUUGUAGCGACUGCUGAGAGGAAACUCGUCGAUCUGUUACAUUUAAACCGAUGAGGGAACAUGAGCUCUCAUGCGUGUUCUCCAGAAGAUGUGCAGCACCAGCAUGUGACCCAGUCCACCAUCCUCCUCCUGCUUCAGGAGGCCACAAAACUCGCUCCGCCAGUGGACGACGAGAGCUGGAGUUCUGGACCGUCACAUGCUGAGAAUCUAGACACCGGGUCACUCGUCCUCUCCAGCCGUGAAGUCUCCGAGUUCAGCGGCUCUUUCUCUGUAAUGCACGAGUCUGAGCGCAGCAGCAGCGCAUGGGAGGUGAUGUGUCUGAUCAACCAGCAGUGCGAGCGGCUGCUGCAGUCCGGCUGUGAGGACAGAGGUCCGGUCAAUCUCUACCCAUCAGACGUCACAGAGACCGUGGUGACAUCCAGACCUCUGUUUGAACCCGAGAGUCCCACAGUUAACGGCAGCAGCGCCCCGGCUGAUGCAUGUUUCUCCGUCAUCGAGCUCACAGAUGUGGAGGAAAUCAAAGAUCCCGAUGAUCUCGCUGAGCUCAUAAAGACACACACAGCGGAUCACAUCAGCGCCAGUGAGAAGACAGAAAAACCGUCUGUGCUGCACAUCGAGGGCCGUUCUGAUCGGGACGAAUCUGUUGUCCCGUCCACAGGAAAUGACUGUCCUCUUGACUUCACUUCCUGUCUGGUGUCUGAGCGAGACGCUGAGAGUGAGUGGCUCCCUCUGAACGCCUCUGAAAACACACACUGUUCCUCACAGCUGGCCGACCUCAACAAUAAUCUCAUAGAGAGUGUGCAUAAGGAGCUCCAGGGUCGGCAGACGUGUUCGUGGGACGCCGGCAGACGGACUCAGAGGAAGCAGCCUCGUCCCGGCCGCAGCCCUGACCCGCAGGACCCCGGCGUGCAGGGCGUGACCUUCAGCAUGUAUCCGCAGCUGGACGCGAAUCACAGCAGACUGAUCAUCACCUCCAACUACAGUGAGGAGAUCCGGCGCUUGAGGAGAAGCAGGAGCAGCCGGUGCCGGACUCAGAGGACCAUCAGCUCCGAGGAGGAGAGCGACUCCUGCGGUCUAUCCCGGAGUAAGAUCUGUGCGUCGUGCUGCACGAGGAAGACUCCUCUCUGGAGAGACGCUGAAGACGGGACGCCGCUCUGUAACGCCUGUGGGAUCAGGUAUAAGAAAUAUCGUGUGCGAUGCCAGCAGUGCUGGAACAUCCCGAAGAAGGACGCAAACACGAACUCCAAGUGUCUGAAAUGCGGCGACGUGCUGAAGCUGAAGUGCAGCAGCUGGUAGGACAUUCAUAACCUCCUCGCGCCCGCUGAGAUGAAGGUCUCUGAAUGAGCCGAGAGUCUGUGGAUGCGAUUCACGAGAGUCUAAUAACGAGUCAUUCUCAGGGUUAGUUAUUGUGGACCGUUCAGUGCUGUAUUUCACUAUUGACUGUUCACUUAUUUAAUUUACACAUUCUUGUUUUGUGACAACCUAUUUCUUCAUGGUUUGUGUCUUUUCUUUGGUCACGUCAUCUCUCUGAUUUGUGUUUGCACUGGUUGUGUUUGUGUUCAGAGGUUUUCUGUGCUGGAAUGAAAUAUUAAAUUGUAUUUAUAGUCC